AUCAGACAGAUUUGAAAAUUGACGUGACGUGCGUGUGUCUACGUAGAAUAGAACUCACGCGCAGUUUUCUAGUACUUCCUUUUGGCUAAAUGCCCAGAAACGCUGUGAAAAUUGAAAAUCUGUAAGGUCGGGCCAUGUUCUUUCAUUCAUAUGGAAAUAAGAAGCUUAUAUAAUACACAUUACUCAUUAUUGUAGUCAAAGCGCCUUCCGUGUAGUGUUCUAAAAUGGGUGCAUUUAGCAAAAUUAGAGUAGCUUUUAAGAAAUAUCCUCUCUUGAGAGGAAUGGCUUCUUAUGCUGUAAUCUGGCCACUUUCUAGUCUCAUACAGCAACAUUUUGAAGGGAAAAAUAUUGAAAAUUGUGACUGGAUGCGAUGUGCACGAUAUGGUUUAUAUGGAUCUUGUUAUGUGGCUCCUACACUGUACAGCUGGUUAACUGUGGCCAAUGUUAUGUGGCCUGGUAAUUCAAUUCGUGCUGGUAUAAUCAAGACAUUUGUUGAAACAAUCACUUACACACCAUUUGCUAUGUGCAGUUUUUACUUUGGAAUGAGCUUAUUGGAAAUGAAGCCUGUACAUGAGGCUGCAGCAGAAGUAAAAGCGAAAUUUUGGCCUACAUACAAAGUUGGAGCAUCUAUAUGGCCAGCUAUAGCAAUGUUCAAUUUUUGCGUCAUUCCUCCUAGAAACAGAGUACCUUUCAUAAGUAUGUGCAGUCUUAUUUGGACUUGUUUCUUAGCCUAUAUGAAACAUUUAGACAAGGAAAAGGUAGCUGCUAAAGCAGGAGCAAGUCCAGUACAGCUUAUGAAGAUGAAUAUAUGAUAAUAAAUAUAAUUUAGUUAGACGAAUAUUCAUCUAUUUUGUAGGUAGUUCAAUUAUCAUUCUAAAGUACAUAGGAAGUCAGAAUCAUCGAGAAUGUAGAUUAUUGUAAAAGUUAUAACAGUAAGUUAGUUAAAGUAACAGGUUGAAUUAUACCUAAUCAAAAUCCGUUUGUUUUUUGUAUAAAAAACAUAUGAGAUUUUUAUUACUUACUUCCAAAUGAUCUGACUGUUUUUAUUCCACCCAAAAUAUAACAUGUGAUAUUUAGUUAAAUAAAAAUUAGAAAAAGCAUUAACAAGAGUAGCAAGUUAAAUAUUUUUAUAAGUACACUAUAAAAUAGUGUGUUAUAAUUAAUCUAUUAGAAUUGAGUUAAACUGUGAUAAAAAACUCAAGUGAUAACUUUUAUGUAACUUCGUAUGACGAAAUAGUUUAGGUAAUGGAAGAUGAAAGUCUCAUCUGUCAGUCUCAAUUGCUAUAUUAUACAUGUAUAACAUUCACAGUAGAAGAAAUAAGCAGGUUAUAUAGAUAUAAUAAAAUAUACGUAUAUACGUACUUUGUUCAUAAAUACGUUUUUGUGAUUAACUAAAGUACCAUAUUAUUAUUGUAAUAUGAUAAAUACAUGGACACAAAUGUUAUAAAGAAUAUUUUUUUGAAUAUAUUUUUUAUUUCAUUUAAGACAGAUAUUGGGCUUAAAAUUGUAUGAGUAUUUAUUUUAUUACACUUUAAAUUAGUGAUAUUCUUAUUGUAUUGCUUAUUACAUAUUUUGUUACUAUUUCAUAUUUUAUGUUGUGUGGUUUAAUAAAAAAAUAUAUCACA